AUGGAGAGCCACAACACCGGAGAGGCCCGGAGCUCCGCCCCCGCCCCGGGGGCCGGUUCAGAAGCGGCAGGACGGGACUCGGACCUGCGGGUUGUGAGAGACCGAGUGAAACUUCUGGAACAGAACACCAGCUCAGUUGACCAGUCAGACGGCUACCUGAGAGACAGUGGCAGGAUCACAGAGCUAGAGGGAUCAGAGACGGCUCUGCUGCAGCAGCUCAGCCAGCUAGCCACUGGCGCCACGCCGCACCGCCGUCCCAGCAUGCAUCACACCCAGCGGCUGGACCAGAGGCUCCACAGCCUCAGGGACGAGGUCCGCAUCGUGUCCCAUGAGAAGGAGCGAGGGGAGCGCGUGUGGCGGGAGCGUCUGCUGCGCUGCCAGAACCAGCUGAAGGCCAAGGAGGAGGAGAUGGGCCGCCAGUCCCAGUACUUCCACCACUUCAAGACCCAGCUGCAGCACAAGCUGGGCCAGGCCCGGGACCGCGAGCAGGGCCUGCAGAACCGCCUCCACGCCCUGGAGAAGCAGCUGCUGGACGUCACCGUGUCGGCCGCCACCACCAUGACCGCCGUCAUGACGACCAAGAUGGCCACGCCCUGCGUUGCCGUGGCGACCGGGCCGGGGGAGGACAGGGUGCCCUGCUUGCGGGAGGAGGGGGAAGGGGAGGAGGGAGGCGAGAGGAAGAAGAAGGAGGAGGAGGAGGAGGAGAAAGGGAGGACAAGAUGGCCGACGAGGCCUGGACGCCGGCUGGUGGCCGGCGAUAGCGGGAGCGCGGAAGAUGCGGAUCUGGAGAAAGGGGGAGGAGUCGAGGAGGAGAGGGGCAUGGGCGUGGCCAAGUUGCAGAGCUUCAUCCUGGGCCUGCAGGAGGACCUGCGGGCCCUGCUGGAGCGGGAGGAGCAGGGCCAGGCCGAGAGGAGGGGGCUGUCGGAGCAGCUGCAGGAGGCGCAGGAGGGCGGGCACCUCCUGGGCUGCCGGCUGGAGGAGAAGGGGGCGGAGGUGCGGCGGCUGCAGCAGUCGGAGAGCGUCCUGCUGGAGGAGGUGGAGGAGCUGAGGGAGGAGAACGGCCGCCUCAGGCAGGAGCUCAGGGGGGCCCUCGGCAGCCAGACCCCCGCUCCGCCGGCCCCCGGGGCUGGGUGUGCGUGCUGGGCCGCGGGGGUUCCCCCAGGCUCCCCGGGACCCGGCUACGGCCCCACCCCUGUCGGGGUGUCCCCCCCGGGCCUCCCCCACAGCCCUGGAGCAGACGAGAGAGCCAUGUGCCCCCCGGGAGACUCUGCAGUGCUCCGAUCCGAUAAGCUACUCGCCCCACCAAAAGCCACCACCACUCCUCACCUCCCCCAGGGGGAAGCAGAGAGCACCCUGAACCCCAGCGACCACUACCCUGCCUCUGCUGAUCCAGACACCACACGGUUACCCCAGCCUGACCUCCUGAACCUCUCAGCCAGGCUCCAGCCCCGCGCCCAUCCCGGCCUCGGGGGGCACGGCCUGGCUGAGGACCCCGCGGAGCUGGGCCAGUUAGACCUGGAGGAGUGGGGCUCCGGUGGAGCCCUGCACCUGGAGCUCAGCCCCAGCCAGGAGGCCGACGCCCUGAUGGAGGCCUACCAGAGCCUUUGCCCCGGAGCGGAUAAGAGCCACCACCAGGAGCAGCAGAACGUCCAGGGACCGAAGCCCCAGCUGAGGUCCCCGGCCGACCUGCCAGGUGGAGCGCCAAAGGAGAGGGCACCAACAAGGGACCCGUCUUCUGACCACGCCCGCGUCGACCAUGCCCCGCCCCCACCCGGUCAGGACCACGCCCCUCCCGCCCCGCCGGCGGACCACCUCGUCCGCGCCCUGAACCAGGAGAACCGGGCCCUGGCCGAGCGCAUCCAGGAGCUGCUGGCCCGCGUGGAGCUCCGGGAGGAGGAGCACGCCAACGAGGCGGGCCUCCUGGCGGAGGGGGCGGCGGCGGCGCUGGCGGCGGCGCUGGCGGCGGAGGUGGGCCGGCGGGAGCGGGAGCAGCAGGAGCAGGGCGGUCUGAUCGCCGAGCUCACCAGGAAGACGGAGGACGACCUCAACGCCAUCAUGGACCUGCGGCAGAGGCUGGCCGUCGCCAAGGAGGAGGAGAGCGCUCGCCGCCGGGCCGCCGAGAGCGAGGCGCCCGGAGGUCGCCGUGACGACGGGAGCGCCCGCGGCGUCGCGGCGGGGUUCGCCCGCAGGUUGGGCGAACGUCCGUCGCAGGUCGAUGAACAGACGCAGACCAGUCUAGAGCAGGACCUUCCCACGACGGACUCUUCCACAGAUCCAUUCCCUGGAGAUCACUGCGUGGAUCAGGGCGUGGCCGCUCGCCUCCAGGUGGAUGCUCUGGGCGUGGCCGCUCGCCUCCGGGUGGAUGCUCUGGCCGAGGCGGUGCGGGCGCUCAGCGAGGAGAAGGAGGAGCUGUCUCGCUGCGUGGGCCCUCUUAGGGAGGAGCAGAGGGAGGUGGCCCUGGCGGUGCAGACCCGGACGGAGGAGAAGCAGAGGCUGACGCGGACGCUGUGGGGGAUGAAGGAGGAGCGCGACGGCGUGGCCGCCGCUCUGAGCGCGCUGAGGCAGGAGCGGGAGCAGCUGAGCAGGAGCGUGUGCGGGCUGAGGGAGGAGAGGGAGCAGCUGGGGAGGUCCCUGGAGGAGCUGAGGGAGGAGAGGGGACGGCUGGGCGAGGAUUUAUCGGAGCUGAGGAACCAGACGGAAACUUCAACGUCAGAGCGAACCUCGGGGGGAAGAGGGGAGGGAGUUCAGGGAGACCAGGAGGACAGGGUGGAGUUAACCACCCAGUCGGAACACAGCUUGAAUGUGGACGACGGUGGACUCACAGGUUCCUCUGGGGGUUUGAUAGAGCAGCGAGAGACAGAAAGGGCAUAUGAUGUCUCAAAGGAAGAAAGAGAUGAGUUGUUGCAGUCGGUUUGCAGCUUGACAGACGAGAGACGCAGAGUUGAACAGUCGAUUGCUGAUUUGAAGACAGAAGAGGAGCGGCUGAGGCUUUCAGUCUGGAGUCUUAUAGAGGAACGAGAUGUCUUACAGGCUGAAGGUGCUGCUCUCCAAGACCAAUCACAGCCUGAUGGGAGGGGUCAGGAUCAACAUCCAGCCAAUCAAAUCCAAGGAGAAGUGGUAAAGAAGACAGAGAAAGAAAACUUGAAAUUUGUUGAUAAUCAAGAGAAGUUUUCCCAGGGGGGUUUGGACACAAAUUCUCAUCAAAACGAUCUAAUGAGACAGACAGAAGCAUUGGCCGCUGCCCUAAAAACAACAAAAGAGGAGCUGAUCAAGGCCCAAUCAGAGACCCAGAGGUUGGGCAGAGAGCAGUCUGGAUCAGAGGCCAGGCUGGGGGAGUUGGAGAAGGCCUCAGCUCAAGCUGACAGGGAGAAGAAAAGACUGACCGAUUCACUGGAAGAAACCAGGCAGGAAACUGAGCUGCUCACAACACGGGUGAAAGAUCUGCAGAGCAGGCUAGCAGGCCUGGCCAGAGAGAAGGACGAAGCCCUGACCCAGAAGACUCACACAGAGGAACAGUUCAGCAUCCUCCAGGCCCAGCUCCGAGCCAAGACGCUGGCUCUGGACGGGCUGAACUCUGAGUACACCGCCCUGAGGAGAGAGCAGCAGGGGGACCCCAGCCCAGCCUCCGGGUCCCUGCGGUCCCGCUACAACGAUAUCCGAGCCAAGUACGAUGUACUCCUGAGGAAGAAAAGCCUCCACGAUAUGGAUCUAGCUCCUCUAAAGGCCAAGCUGUCGUGUCUGGUGCUGAAGUGUCAGGAGAGGAACAGCCUAUUGGUCCACAUGAUGAGAGCCAUGCGGAGGCAGGGCUACGUGGACCCCGCCCUCACCCAGCAGGCCGAUGACCUGCUCAGCGACCCCGCCCUCCAGGACUACACCGCCGCGUUCCCCCCCGCAGCCCCGUACCCCCCCGCAGCCCCGUACCCGGACCUCGGCCACCACCACCACCACCACCUCCAACCCCACCAGCACACCCUCAGGGCCACCAGUGGGUUCGCCUCGCGGCUCCGGGACUACAGCGCUGCCUCCUCCCCAGCUCCCCCCUCCCCUGAUCCGGCCUUCUCCUCCUCCACAUCUCCCACUGAGCUCCAACCUCCAGGGAACCAAAGCACAUCCCCCGUCCUGUCGGGACCGGUUCUGAUGCACAACGACCGCGGCACCGAUGCUGGAGGCCGCCGGGGAACCCCGGCAGAACCCGCCCGUGACGUUCAGAGCGCUGCAGGUUCGGCGCCGACCAGGAACCCAAAGUUGCCGGGGCCAUGUUGUGCCGUGCGCGAGCACAUGCAAGCCAGGCCUCCAGCAUCCCCUGGAGCCCAGAGCCAUGAGGGGGAGGGCCCACGCUGUUCACCUGCGGCAAGCAGCAAACCUCAGUCUCCUGCCGUUCCCUGUGGCACGAGCCCAGCAGACGCCUCCCUAGACCGACCAGGAUCGAACCACGAAGAUGAGAUCCUGGGGGGAAAGCCCGCUUCAGGUCCGGCUCGUGUCCCCAGGGCAACACGCUCGCGGUGGGCUCCACCCCCCUCAGAGAGACGGAGUGGUGGCGUGAACCGGCGGCUGAGCAGUCCUGAGAAAAUCCUCAACCUGCAGCUGGAGCUGCAGCAAACCCUGUCCGGCAUUUAUAAGGCUCCGGCGGACCACGGAGGGUGGGCGGCGAGAGGGCGUCGCCCGCAGCCCAGGAGGAGCGCCUCCACCACCGCUACGCCCGAGCACCACCCGGCCUCCCUCCCCAGGACCCACAGCAUGGCCCUCCACACCCAGUCGGCUAACAUGGCGCCCGCUUUCGCUCCCAGUCCUUCCAACAUGGCGCCCGCUUUCCCUCGCAGUCCUUCCAACAUGGCAUUUGGUACCACAACGGCAGGUCGUUCCGGUUCUUUCCCUCUGUCCUCAACGGACGAUAAAGCCAACCUAAGAAGCAGUGUACAAAACACACCAGAAUCGCCAAGAGGGCCAAGGCACGCAACCAUCCCGGCAUCGGCCAACGCCACAAGCUCCGCCCCCAGCCCCGCCCCUACCUGUUGGACCGACCCGCCCAAUAAAACCCUCCGUAAGACCGCCACUGUCGGCGCCUCGGCUCCGGCCUCCAGCGUCCAGCCUUUCACCGGCAACGCUCCGAGCGCCACCGCCUCGGACGGCAACAACAACAACAACAACACUGCCCCCAGCGUGCCUCGGACCGGGACGCAGCCUCCCGCCACCCCCUCUGCCAGCGGUGCUUCAGACGGUGCCGGAGACGACCGCCGUGCCUCCACCACCAUCUUCUCCACCACCACCACCACCACCACCUCCACCACCAGGGUCAGGGCCGAUUCGGCCUGCAGCUCUCCCCCAGGGAGGUCCCAGCCCCGGCCAUCGGUUGGCCUGCCUGCUCCCACGCUGACCGGGAAACUCGGAAGACCGAAGCCAGAAGCCCCGGGAGAGGUGGGCACCGUGGAGGUCAUCCGGACUGUGGGCGGGAGCAGCCUCCUGAUUGGUUGGGAGAGGCCGCCACUCGACGAGCUGGGCUGCAGCAACGGCACCUUUGUCUACGGCUACAGGGUGUACGUCGAUGGAGAGUUCCACAAGUCCGUCAUGAGCUCAGCGUGCACCAAGGUCAUCCUGGAGAACGUGGACCUGAGUCUCCCGGUCCACAUCGGGGUCCAGACCCUGGGCUCCAACGGGCUGAGCUCGGGCAGGGUGACCACCGUGUUCCGGACGUCCCUCAGCCCGGGCCCCGGCCCCCCCGGGGCAGCGGGUCCCGGUCUCCCCACCGCUGAGGCGUUAGAGUUGAGGGAAACCGUGGGGCUUUGAGUCCGACGUUGGGGCGUCCGUGAGGGGUGGUUCCCGGGGUGCUGAGAGUGUGUCUGUGUGUUCGAGGUCAGCGACAGGAGAGGGCUGGCACCUACCGUCUGUUUGGAAGAACUCCCAGGACCCCCUUUCCCUUCCCGUACGGACCUGCUCUCCUGAUUGGAUGGGAGUACAUUGGGGCUGCCAAUGACGCUGAUUACCGGGUGGUGAUUGGACAGACGAGCUGCUUAUCAAACUGGACAAAUCAGUCAACUCAAGGCCGGGACUUGUUUCCAAGCCAAUCUCUGGUUGCACCAGUAGAAGCUUUCUGCGUCAAAAAACUUUGGAGAUAAAAGUCAAACAUUUUUCACUGUGCUUUUGCAAAUUUCUACACUGUGUAAAAAAAGAAAAGGAUUAAUAAUUCCAAAUCAUAUUUUACAUUCCUUUAUCAGACCUCCAACAGUUGCCUCUGUGUCCAAAACAAAAGAAUGUUUCUAAGGGAAAUGUUUUCAUGGCAGCAAGCCAUUGGUGGUGUUCUUGCGUUCAAGCCUCAUUGUCCACGGCGGACAUCUUUACUUGGUGUUCAGACACCAGGGCCAAAUAUGACAACUGAAGAGUCAGUCCAAAGACUUUUGGUAUGUUUUCCCACUUGGUUGUACGGUAAAGCUUUGUUUCUAAUUGUUUUUAAAUUUGCACACAAAAUAUAUUGAUGUCCAAGGUAACUAAUGAAAGAAGAGGAGAUUAACACUGAUAUUUUUAUUGGUAGGAAAUGUUAUUUAAAAAUGUAACAUGCCAACGGUGUCCAGAAAACCAUGAAGGAUCUGUGUCUUUCUAAAAUGUUUUUGUAUUUUUCCGUCACACUGGCCUAGCUAAUGAAUUCGGACAGUUUGGUAAAAGGAUCCACGCUCUACUCAUGAGUUGUCAAGUGGUUUUAUCAGAGAG